AUGGAAAACUCGUUAACAGGACCGAAUCCGGAUGAACAUGGAAAACUAGAGAUUAAUUCAUUAGGGAUCUAUGAGGGCGAAAGAAAUGAAAAUGGCGAGAGGCAUGGAAACGGAAAGACUUUGCUAUCAAAUGGUGACAUAUAUGUCGGUCAAUAUCGUAACGGAUUUAGGCAUGGCAAAGGUAUCUACGUAUUUAAAAACGGUGCCCGAUAUAACGGCGAUUGGAGAGAUGGACAGAAAUACGGGCAAGGGAUCUUUUGGUACCCUGACGGAACGCGAUACGAAGGGGAAUGGAGACGCGACACGAAGCACGGCUUCGGCAUUUAUUAUUAUGUGAACAAUGACAUUUACGAGGGCUCGUGGAAGGAUGAUCUUCGUCAUGGUAUAGGAACGUAUUUAUACGCUGACACAGAGACGAAAUUUAUGGGGACGUGGAUGGAAGACCGUAUGCAAGGACCCGGACAACUUAUUUAUGCGCGCUAUCAUUUUCAUGGUUUUUGGAGGUUGAAUUUGCCGUACGGACGUGGUUGCUUCACUUUUGAGAACGUGUGUAUGCAGCAUGGUCAUUAUAUACAUGUGAGAGAUCCCAUAUUUGAUGGCUCAACUUUGAUAAACAUGAAUAAAAUCAUGGUGGAAGAAACCGAUAAUGACAACAAAAAGUUGAAAGAAGAAUCUCCGAAAAUGGGCUUUCUACCGAUGUGGCGCGCGCGUUGUAUCACUCCUUAUAACCCGGAGUUAUUGCCGCCGGAAGCAGUACCCCUGCGAGAAGAAGUAUCAACAGAAUCCUCGAUCAACAAAGACGAAGGUAAUGUUUGGUCAAAGAUCGAAGAGUCCUCCGAUUACCCGGAAGAUUAUCACGAAGAAUAUUAUCAGGAAAAGACAUUGUCUCGAAUCGACAGUCUUUGAUUGUGAUGAAAUACAUGAGCCGCCGGCUCCAAGCAGUCGAUUAAUCAAUUUGUGAGCGUAUUACACUCCUUGUAUUGUUACACACAAUAUGCUAAUUUUCUUUCGCAUAAGUAAUGUAAAACAAAAUUAAACGAAUAUGUUUUUAUUACUAAUUUUAAAAA